AUGACUGGUUUCAUUGAUAUAUUUAUAUUGUUGUCUUUUCGACUACCGGAGAAUCUUGAAGAGGAUGAGUCUAUAGUAACAUGUGACGUUGCCACGCAGACGCUUCCUGCCAACGAAGCACAAGAGGAAGUCAGCGCUGAAGCAAAGCCACUUGAUCAGAUCUCACGAGAAUGGAGUGAAGGCAAAACAAUCUCGGCUUCAGACGCUCUGCGUCUUGUCAAACGUGGUAUUGUUAAAUGUCGCGAAUUAGAAUCACAUCUUGAUGCGGAGACAGCUAUAUCUGUUAGGCGAACGUUCGUAGCUCCCGAUGUGUUGAAACAGUUGCCGUAUCAAAAUUAUGAUUACAAAUAUGUGACAAACUCUUGCUGUGAGAAUGUGAUUGGCUACAUACCCAUUCCCGUUGGUGUGGCUGGCCCAUUGCGUUUAAAUGGGAGAGAUUUCUACGUUCCAAUGGCCACAACAGAGGGAGCCUUGGUUGCUAGCACUAAUAGAGGUUGCAGUGCUGUAACGCGCAGUGGUGGUGUGACAGCAAACGUUUUUGAUGAGGGAAUGACUCGUGCUCCUGUCGUAAAAUUUCCAACUGCGCAAGAAGCUGUAUGGUUUGACAGCUCCGAGAAUUUUGCUUUGGUUAAAUCUGAGUUCGAGUCCACUAGUAGGUUGGUCCACGAAAACAUCGUUUUUUGUAGAUUUGCUCGGCUGCGGCAGGUUGAGGUUGCUAUAGAUGGUAACUUGGCAUUCAUUCGAUUCGUAGCUGUCACAGGUGAUGCAAUGGGAAUGAAUAUGGUCUCUAAGGGUUGCUCUUUGGCCAUGCAUCUUUUGAAGCAGAAAUUCCCCACGAUGCAACUUCUUGCUCUCAGCGGCAAUUAUUGUGUUGAUAAGAAGGCUGCAGCCAUUAAUUGGAUCAAAGGACGCGGACGUUCCGUGGUUGCAGAUUGCACUAUUCCAGCAAAUAUA